AUGCCCGAUGAGACAGAAUCUUACCAGGAGACACUUGAAUCCCCAAUCGGCGACUCUGCGUUUCCCACACCUGACAGCGUGUGGAGAGACAUCCCCGAGAUAGAAACUGCUGAAUCAGUAUGGGCUGAUAUUUCACACAGCUCGAAUCCCACUGCAACUUGGGACGAUGCCAUUCUAGCGCCUGCCAGAGAUGUAUCGUGGAACGACACAUUGUCAGAGCAAGGUUCUGGAGAAGCGUCUGGCUUCUCCACUAGAGCCGUGAUAACAGAGGUUUCCGGGGGAAAGGUGACUGAAAAUGAGACAUUAUCCCAAGAGAGCUCCCCAAUUGACCUCCGAGAUGCAGAUGAAUCGGCAGAAGACUCCCAGCACGACCGUACAACAAAGCAAACAGAUGCGGACAACACAGAAGAUAUAGACGGCUCAGUCAGACCCGGUGCAGAAAAUCCCCCAGUUUCCAUGGAGACACUACGUAUAGGUUCCCAAUUAGCAAGAGAGGUCUCAAUCCCUGUGAUAGAGGAUUCUGGCGAUGCUGUAGGUGACGAAACCUUCCCAGGGUCGGCAUUCGAGCUAUCCGUACCCGAACCAACACCAAAGGAAGCGUCUGAUGCGAUGACAAUUGAGAAUCCUAAGGAAAUACCAUUCAGACUAUUUACCGAAGCCCGGGACGCGACCCUUGACUCGGCAGCCCUUGACGUGUCAUACUACCUAAAAAAGAUCUUUAGUGACUCCGAAACUCUGUCGUCUACAAUGAAUGUCGCUGCGUAUCCUGAAAUUAUCCUCAAUGUGACACCUAAAGCAAGGCGCACCACCAACAACAUCCUCUACAACCACCACCACAGAGCCUUCUUCCGGCCUACCAAUCAGUCCCUGGUUGUUGCCUGGAACGAUACUAAUCAUAUCAAGCGCAGAGUGACGAGCAUUGCCAGAACCUGGGUGAAUGCCGGGGGCCAUUCGGGUGACAGCACCUCGACCAACAUCCCAGCUCAGCAGGUACACUUCAAAUCAGGCAGCGAUGGUCCCGAGCUCCAGAACACUUUAACCGGUCGUCUUCUAGAGAAACUCGACCACGACAUCCAGGAAGUGAACUACAAGAAGACUAUCGCAAACCUCACCAAUACCGCAAAAGAGAUGCCUACAUCCAUGUCAGAAAUUACCUGCGGCAAAGGUGAAGAAACCGUGCCUCCGAUGGAACCUAUUCACGCGGUUCUCGAAUACAAUAUUCCGCUCGAAACGCCGGUGGGCGAGUGGACUGGCACCAAACUCGCGACAUACGACACUGACUCGUUCCGACAGUACGAACUUGCUGCGGACCGUGUGCGUGACUUUUAUGCCGAACAACACACCAAUCAGACAGUUGCCUACAAUAUCCAAGCGCGCGUCAACUUCAAAACUAAGACCCGUGCGAAGAUGACCAUCUGGGAGGCCCUCUGCAAGCUCAACACAUUGCUCGACGAGUCUGAUCCGGAUACAGAUCUUUCCCAGAUUGACCAUGCGUUGCAGACGGCAGAGGCUAUUCGUGCGGAUGGCAAGCCGCGCUGGAUGCAGCUCGUAGGGCUUAUUCACGACUUGGGAAAACUCCUCUACUUCUACGACUCUAAGGGACAGUGGGAUGUGGUCGGCGAUACUUUCCCCGUGGGAUGUGGUUACAGUAACAAGAUCAUCUUCCCUGAAAGUUUUGCAAUGAACCCAGACUCGCGAAACCCGUUGUACCAUACAAAGUAUGGCAUUUACUCGCGCAAAUGUGGCUUGAAGAAUGUGAUGUUGAGCUGGGGCCAUGAUGAAUAUAUGUAUCAUGUGGCGAAGCUCCAUUCAACGUUGCCGAAGGAAGCGUUAGCGAUGAUUCGUUACCAUAGCUUUUAUCCGUGGCACCGUGAAGGGGCAUAUAAAUACUUGAUGGACGAGGAGGAUGCCGAAAUGUUGCUGUUUGUGGUGGAUUUCAACAAAUACGAUUUGUAUUCGAAGCGUGAUGAGAUACAGGACCUUGAAAUAGUGCAAGAGUACUAUAAGAAUUUAAUCGACGAGUUCUUCCCGAAUAAGGUGGUGGAGUUUUAG